GAAACUUAUUUCUCACGAUUGAAUGAUAUUAUUCAAUUGUCAUGAGUGUGUGUGUGUGUAUUCAAAAAUGUUUCCUUCAAAAAAUAAUGCAACUCUUGUAUGUUCUAAAAGUGAAUAUGGUAAAAUUUUUAUGUUUGAGGCAACUCUCCAUCUAGCUGAGCAAGGCAACAAAGUAUUUUACAUUUCGCCAGAACCGUUGAAAUCAUUUCCAGCAACUUAUCAUGAUAGAAAUAUAACUCCAGUGAUCUUCAACAUGAUUAAAUUCCUAUAUCUUUCAAAUUAUGAGGUGUUAAUAAAACAAUUAGCAGAACUUCACACAUUUGCAAGUCUCCCAUCAGUUCUUGUGAUUGAAGAUCUAAAUCAUUACAUUACAGACACUACCAUCAAGGAACAUAAAGAUGUGCACAUUGCUAGACUAUGUGCACUUAUUCAAGACACUUUGAACACUUGUAUGAGAGCUAAAAAUAGUUCAAUACAAUUUUGUACCUCCACCAACUUGGACACAUUCGAUAUUCCAUAUUUUUCUUAUUUCAAUCGAGUUUGGUUAGUAAACGAUAAAAAGGAACAUAAUCAAGUUCUUAUUGAGCUAAGUAGCAUUCGUUUAGCUUUAAAUAAUCUAGAUAACUGUGAUGAAAGAAGAAAAAUAUUUAGAUAUCGUUUUUUCGAAGACAGAACAUUAAUUCUUGAUAAAAUUGUUGAAAAAUGAUGAUUAAAUUAAGGUUAUAAUGAUCAUAAACUUCAUUAACUGAACUU